AUGCUAUCGUCGUGCUUCCCGUCGUUCUUCAGUCGCGAUCAAUCAAAGGCCUACGAGAAGCUGGCCAAGAGGCAGCGGGACGCCAAGACCGAUGAGAAGGAAAACAUUCGGCAGAUGCUCAUGAUGGGACCCAACAAGGGUGGCGGCGCCAAGCGGCCCUUCGCCGAUCUCACCAACACCGAGGCCGUGGCGGCGAAUGAAGCCAACGGAUCGACGAUGAAGAAGAUGAAGGUCGACACCACAACCGCAGCCACUAUCACCAUCAUGUCCCCUACGUCUGCGUUGACGUUGUCUGCGGAGGAGAUUAAGAUGAAGCAGAAAAAGAAGGCCGCCGCGAAGAAGGCCUUGGCGGCGCUCAAGGAGAAGAGCAGGCGACAACUCAAAAAGGCAAUCACGAAGGAGAAGACCAUCACACUCUCGGAUAACGAUGAAGAAGAUGGCGAAGAUGAUGAUCCAGAGAGCGACGAAGAAGAGGACAGGGAGGAGUGCUGCGACGAGGACGGUGGUAAUGAAGAGGACGCCGGAAUGGAGGAAGACAUCAAGAAGGAGAAGGCCGCCGUCAUGGUGGCCGCCGCCGACGAGUUCGAAGACCACAUCAACGUACAACAGAAACACGACCUCUCCCAGGAGGUGGGCGUGGAAUGCGAAUCGGACGACGAGGAGGAAAUCGGCGUUGAGGUCGAUGACAUCGACGAGGAGGACGCCAACGAGCCCGAGAACUGCGGCGUCUACGUCCGCGAGAUCUACGAACACCUCCACCGCCGACAGACGUUGCAGAGGCCGGCGAGCGACUACCUGCAGACCCGACAGGACGGCGAGCUGACCGAAAAGAUGCGAGCGCUCACCGUCAACUGGAUGGUCGAAGCCGCCGGCCGCUGCGACCUCCUCACCGAGACCCUCUUCCUCGCCGUCGACCUCUUCGACCGGUUCUUGUCGCUGAAGAAGGUGUCGCAGAGGCGGGUGCAGCUGAUCGCGAUCACGUGCCUCUUUGUGGCGUCCAAGUACGAGGAGAUCUACUACCCGACGCUCAAGGACUUUGAGUGGCUCUCCAACGGGACCAUCAGCGGCCGCGACAUUGUCAAGGCCGAGUCGAUCGUGCUAGCCGCGCUCGGCUUCGACCUGGCCUCGGUCUACCCGUUCCACUUCAUCCGCCGCUUCUCCAAGGCGGCUCACUCGUCGCGCCGCACGCACGAGCUGACCAAGUACGUCAUGGAGCUGUCGCUCGGCGUCUACGCCACGCUCGGGCACAAGCCCUCGGUCGUGGCCGCCGCCUGCGUCUACAUCGCCCGCGCCAUGACCCACCAGUCCCCCAUCUGGACGCCCACGCUGGUGCACUUUACUCGGUGCGGCACCCCCAGGGACGAGGCCAACGACGACUCCACGUUCGAUAGCGAAAGCGAAAGCGAAGACGGCGACGAGUACGACGCGCAGGGGCGGAGGAGGGACAAGGGCCUCAUGGAGUGCGUGCGGGCCAUCAACGCCCUGGUCUUGGCCGCCGACGAGGACCCGGCCGACCCGCGCAUCGCGGCCGUCCGCAGCAAGUACGCCCAGGUCAAGCACCACUCGGUCGCCUUCGUGCCCGCGGUGGACCUCUGA